AGUGAGGAAGGCCAGGACACAAGGCUAAGGCGGUGUAAUGAAAGUUGGUGUCAUAUGUGCCAUGUUCACUUCUUUUUACAGAGUCUGAUUAUGUCGGUCUCUAGUAACCUGUCACUAUUAGACGUAAGCAAUUGUAUCAGGGAACUUACAAUGGAGGAGACAAGGGACUUAGUGUUCCAAAUGGGUGUGCCAUGGAAUAACCUGAAAGAUAUUGCUGCCAUGUACGAUGGUGAAGAUAGAAAGCAAAACUUUCUUAAGAAGUGGAUGGAUAUGAAUGCGGAUGCUAGCUGGGAUCAGCUGGUCAUGGGGCUAAGAAAAAUUGAUCAAAACAAACUGGCUGCUGAGAUUGAGUGUUUACAUGUUCAUACAACAUUAGCUCACUAUGAUCCACUGUCGGUAGAUGCCAGCCUAAGCAUUGUUAACCCUGUUGUGAGCUCAGAUGCAAGGGUAGAAAGGGUAAAGAGAAAUAUAGAGCAUUUAGAAGAAGAAUUUACGGACAUAAAGUCUGAAGCACGGCAGUCACUGACAAAGAGGGAAGUACAAGAGUCCAGGUUUGUUGAGAAAUUUCGAGAUCAUCUCUUUGACCUCCCAGUCUCCAAAAAGCAAGUUCACAUUCGUUUUUUUUGCCGAUAUGAAGAUGAAAUUCUGAAAGCCGAGACUAUUCAAAAGCUAUUUAUUAUCCUAGGUCGCUAUUGCAACUACUCAAACUAUGAAAUAAUCUUCCACGUUGUCAGGAGGUUCUGUCAUGAACUGAGUGGAAGAAUGGGUAAAUACCGUGACUCCCUCACUAUUUUUGAAAAGUCCACUACUGUUGAUGUCUUCCUCUGUGCCAUUUCCGCUCGCCCUGAUGGUGAAGUUAGCAAAAGAUUCAUUCGCAUGACCAUCAAAAUUAACAAGCCACCCUCUGAGUGUACACUUUAUGAGAUCCGAGAGUUGAAGGAAUCCGUUGAGGAGAAAGCGUCUUUGGAGUCUUAUGCUAUGUAUAUUGACAGUCCAGAGGAAGGCUCUGUACACAUUGUGCUACGCAUACAUGGCGAUGUUGCUUGGAUGGUGGGUGUGGUGUUGACGCCAGACGUCAGACAAAAAUAUCUCAUAUCAGAUGUGACUAUAGAAAGGUUCAUGUGUUGCAGCUGUUCUCUCACAAAAUACCUGGUAAAACUGUAACUUUUUACAUACAUAACAAUAGCCUCAUAUUCACUCUCUGCGCAUACAGGGUGUGUAUAAAGCAUGUAAAGCAAAAACUGUAUUUAAGAGCAGAUGUCCAUGUCAUAGUCAGUGUGGGGGCUGUGAGCUUUAGGCAGCAUUUCUAUAGAAUGGUGUGAGGAUGUCCCAGACUGUACAAAAUAUACAAAAGCCAAAAAUUGUAUAUACAGUGGAUACCAUGCCAUUAUCCCCAAUUCAUAAUAGUUGUGGAAAUUUGUACUAGUAAUCCUGAUUUCCACUAACGGUAUUGUUUUAUUAUUGAACAAGAGUGAUGAAUUAUACUCUGCAUCUGAAAAAGGAGAGGUGGAGGCAGUGAGGUCACUGAUCACUGCUGGAGCCGAUGUUAAUGUCGAGACGAGUGAAGGUUCUGCACUGAUGAACGGUGCCUGUUAUGGUAGUACUGAAGUUGUUUUACUGCUACUGAAGGCUGGAGCUAGGAUUAACUUUCAGAAUGAGUGGGGACACUCUGCACUUAUGAGGGCUGCCUGCAAUGGUUACUCUGAAGUUGUUUCCCUGCUACUAAAGGAAGGAGCUAACACCGAUCUACAGACUGAUGGAGGAGACUCAGCUGUGAUCUUUGCUACUGCACACUGCUAUUUGCCAGUCUUAAAAGAGUUGGUCAGAGCUGGAGCUGACCUCAAUCUUUGCAACCAAGGUUAACUGCUCUCAUGAUAUCCUCAAGACCUGGCACAACUGAUCUCACAGAGACACUCCUGGCAGGAAAAGGGAUCUCCCUUGAUGCCCAGACUGAUAAUGGGUGGUCAGCUCUCUUCUUUGCUGUUGAUAAAGGAGAUGUAGCAUCAGCAGAAUUAUUACUUAGGGCAGGAGCUGACCCUCACCUAAACGAUACUAACGGACUGACAGUUUUGGAUGUGGCAAUUGCCAAUGGUCACACAGCUGUGUAUCAGCUUCUGAGAAAACACAUCCAGAGAGCAGUCAUUGAAGGCAAAGUCUUGGAUUCAUCUCUAUGUGCUCAGACACCAGAUACCAUGCCUGUGGAGUUGGUUCAAACACCAGAAGUUAUGUUGCAACGUCAGGAAGUAAAACAUCUGGUGAAGAAAUCAAGAGAGAAAGCAGAAAAAGCAUUAAAUCGUUUUGACCCAAAGUGGCCUGUACUGAUGAGAGCUAUAGCAGGGGAAAGAACCGAAGCUGUUUCACCACUACUACAAACUGUAAUGAACAUAGACAGACAGAAUGAGAAUGGAGAAUCAGCAUUGAUAAUGGCCGUCAUAAAGAAUAACACUAAAGUUGUAUCACUGCUGGUGAAGGCUGGAGCUUCACUGGACAUCCAGGAUAAGUAUGGCUACUCUGCACUAAUGUGGGCCAAGAAUGAGGAAAUAGUUUCACUGCUGCUACAAGCUGGAGCUAAUACCGACCUACAGAAUAAGUGGGGAGACUCUCUACUUAUGAUGGCUGCCAGAGAGGGUAAAACCGCCAUUGUUUCUAAUCUGGUAAAGGCUGGAGCUGCACUUGACCUUCAGAAUGAGCGGGGAGAAUCUGUACUGAUGAUGGCUGUUAGUUGGUGGUGGGAUAAUCCAUUCAUAUUUCCACUGCUACUGAAGGCUGGAGCAAACACUGAUUUACAGAAUGAGCGAGGAGACUCUGUGCUAAUAUUGGCAACUAGGGAGGGAAGAACUGAAGUUAUUCCACAACUGGUGAAGGCUGGGGCUGCACUUGAUCUUCAAGACAAUUGGGGAAACACUGCACUGAUGAUGGCUGCCAAAGAAGGAGGAAAUAACAUCGUUUCACUGUUACUAAAGGCUGGAGCCAACCCUGACCUUCGGAAUAUUGAUAAAGCAACUGCACUGAUCAUGGCCGUGGAAGAGGGUAGGACAAGGAUAGUCUCCAUGCUCGUGAAGGCAGGGGCUGCUCUGGAUGGCCAGAAUAAAAGAGGCGACUCUGCAGUAAUCUUAGCCACGGUGUACAGGCAUCUACCAAUACUAAGAGAGCUGGUCAGAGCUGGAGCUGACCUCACCGUCAUACCAGGAGGGGCUGACAGC